UAAUACAAUCAUGGCCCAGUUUUCAAAUGUUACUCCAUACUUAUGGUCCUUAAAGAGUGCUCCGGUGGCACUAGUUAACAUUUCCCAUAAUUUUAAUAAUGAAAUAGAAAGAUGCAUAAAAUAAGGAUACAUUGUGAACUUGACUUCAAAUUUCCAUGGAGAAAACAGUUCAUAUUGCAGUUGUUCCAGGUGUUGGAUAUAGCCAUUUGGUCCCUAUUCUUCAAUUCUCCAAGAGACUUGUUCAGCUUCAUCCAAACUUUCAUGUCACAUGUUUCAUUCCCACGCUUGGAUCUCCCUCAAAUGCCACAAAAUCUAUCCUUCAAACUCUUCCAUCAAACAUCAACCACACUUUUCUUCCACCUGUGAACCCCAAUGACCUACCACAAGGGACUACCAUGGAAAGCCAAAUUCUCCUCACACUGACUAACUCUCUCCCAUAUUUACAUCAGGGAUUGAAGUCUUUGGCUAAAGAAAUUCCCCUUGUGGCCUUAGUGGUUGAUGCUUUUUCUGUUGAAGUACUAAAUAUUGGUAAGGAACUCAACAUGUUGUCUUAUAUAUACUUCCCUUCAGCUGCUACUACACUUGCUUGGUGCUUCUAUUUGCCUAAGCUGGAUGAGGAAACAUCAUGUGAGUAUAGAGAUAUACUAGAGCCUAUAAAAAUACCAGGUUGUGUACCACUCCAUGGCAGGGAUUUCUUGAGCAUAGCUCAAGAUAGAUCAAGUCAAGCUUACAAACACUUCCUCCCAUUUGUUAAACUUUUAAGUUCUGCUGAUGGUGUUCUUGUUAAUAGCUUCCUAGAAAUAGAGAUGGGUCCUCUAAGUGCAAUGAAAGAGGAGGGAGGUGACAACCCUCCAGUGUAUCCUGUUGGACCUAUUAUCGAAACAGAAACAAAAUCUGGUGAUGAUGCUAAUGGCUUGGAGUGUCUGGCCUGGUUGGAUAAACAGCAACCUUGUUCGGUUUUGUAUGUAUCUUUUGGGAGUGGAGGUACACUUUCACAGGAGCAAAUUGUGGAGCUAGCUUUGGGUUUGGAAUUGAGUAAUACAAAAUUCUUGUGGGUUUUGCGAGCACCGAGUAGCAGUUCAUCUAGUGCAGGAUAUCUUUCAGCAGAAAAUGAUAUUGACACUUUGCAGUUUUUACCAUCUGGGUUCUUGGAGAGAACCAAGGAGAAAGGUUUUGUUAUUACAUCAUGGGCGCCGCAGAUUCAAAUCCUAAGUCACAACUCAGUUGGUGGGUUCUUGACGCAUUGUGGCUGGAAUUCAACCCUUGAGAGUGUGGUGCACGGUGUGCCGUUAAUCACGUGGCCUCUAUUUGCUGAGCAGAAAAUGAAUGCGGUUUUGUUGAGUGAAGGACUAAAAGUGGGACUGAGGGCAAGUGUUAAUGAAAAUGGCAUAGUGGAAAGGGUAGAGGUUGCUAAGGUGAUCAAGUAUCUCAUGGAAGGAGACGAGGGUGAGAAAUUACGCAAUAACAUGAAGGAAUUAAAAGAAGCUGCUUCAAAUGCAGUCAAAGAAGAUGGUUCUUCUACAAAAACUAUUUCUCAAAUAGCACUUAAGUGGAGAAAUUUGGUGUAGAAAAACUUAAAAAUCUAAGAUUCAUAUUCCUCGUAUAUUUCUUUGUAUGGAUUUUCCCUGAAAGAGUAAUACCUUUACUCCACCAAGAUUCAAGAUCUUCCUUGUACAAUGAUAUAGCCACCAACAGCCCUCUUGAUUAUAUCUCCUAAGAACUUGAUAAUACACAUAUCAAGAUAGUCAAGGCAAGUUAUAGCAAUAAUCGCAGAAUGAGAGUUAUAACAUUCACCCUAUUUCUUUCUACAAAUAAUACAUUAUACCAAGCAUGCUUAUAAUACGUUAUAUUUGACAGUUGAGUAGAAUUGGUGUAUAAUAUCUGCAUACUUUAUUGGUUUUUCAUACCAACUU